AUGGUAGGUCCACACGCCCCGCCGGGCCGGGGCCGAGACCCGGGACCCCCCAAAUUUGUGGGUCUCGUCAAUCAAGGACUCACCUGCUACCUCAACGCCCUGCUGCAGUGUCUCUUCCUGACCCCCGAAUUCCGAGACAGGAUCCAGAAGUUUCCAGGGUCCUCCCGGUCUGAGCAGGCACUUCGCCAGAUCUUCUCGGGACUGGGAGAGCAGCAUGGCCCCGUGCAGACGACAGACCUCGUCACCUGUCUGGGCCUGAACUACGCCGGGCAGCAGGACGUGGCCGACGUGUUUCUGCUCCUGCUGCAGCGCCUGGGCCGGGAGGACCUGCAGGAGGUGUUCCAGAGCGAGGUGGAGAGGACCAUCAGGUGCUCCGUGUGUCACAGCAAGGAGCGUGUCCCGUCCGGAGGCAGGAUGCUGUUCCUCCCCCUGGCCGCCCACAUGCAGCUCUGUGGUUUCGAGGGGGCUGGACAGGGACCUGGCAAGCCGGCCAAAGCAUCUGGUGGAGCCGCCACG